AUGGCUUCCAGUGGGUGCCCCGAGCAGACACAGGCUCGGCCAACCACGAGCCACCUGGAAUGCGCGGCGAUUUCUGAGUUUGUGCUCAAGAAUUGCGAGGGGCUAAGGCUAAGGCUAAGGGUUAAGUUCGUGCAUCUUGCUGUGCGGGAUUGUUGCAGGAGCUCCUGUGAAACAAGCUAUGCUAGACUUCGUGCAGGUAUCGCCAAUGACGUCAAUGCGUCCCGCAAGAACCGUCGUCUCUACCUAGGCAAUCUUCCUUACCACCUGGGAGUCACCGAGGAUUCCUUCUCGAAGCAGCUCUAUGAGACGAUGCGUGACCGUGGUAUGUGCAACGACCCCAACCAGAACCCUGUGCUGCACGUGUGGUUUGCCCGCGACAAGGGCGCCAACUACGGCUUUUGCGAGGUUGCGUCGCAAGAGGAGACAGAACGUGCGCUGCAGCUGGACGGUAUGCUUGUACUAGGAGUGCCUGUCUCAAUCAAGCGACCGAACGAUGCAGUCAGUCCUCUGGGUAUGAUUGGCGGCGUACCGGUGGGCAUGCAAGUUCCAGGCCAGCAGGCUUCCAUGCUGGCGCUGCCCAGCGCCCAGGUGAGUGCCACCAGCCCGAUUAUCCGCAUCGACGAGAUCCUGAAGGUGGAUGAGAAGACCACAGAGGAUGAUUACAACGACGUGAAGGAGGACAUGCAGGAAGGCUGCGGCGCCCAUGGCAAGCUCUUCAUGGUUGCCAUCGUCAAGCCCGCGCACGCUAGCGGCAAUGCCACGCUCAAGCCAGGUGAUGUGUACCUGCAGUGUGCCACUACCGACGACGCCACGAAGAUCAUGCGGGCCAUGGGCCAUCGAAAGUACGACGGCAGGCAGAUUUCGAUGACUUCCUACGAAGAGAGCCACUUGUCUCGUUUUGCGGCGGCAGGGCGGCCUAUGCAGAGGUGUGCAUGUGAAAGGACAGCCAUGACAAUAUCGCGUACUUCAAUCAAGAAUUUCCUGUAUGUAUGA